UGAAAGCAUCUUUGGAAGUGAAGUGAGUGAAGUGAAUGAAUGAGUGAACUGAGGUCAAGUAAAGUAAACUUAAGUAUAGUGAAGUGAGCAAAGUUAAAUGAUGUAAAUCAUCUCAAAUAAAAUGCAAAAACUCUUUCACAGUCAUAUUCUAAUCAGACAGGUAGUGUUUUUCAAAUCACUGACAUGAAUAAAAAUUAAUUUCUUAAUGUAACUUUGUAUAAUCCUCUUUUUAAAUAAAGAGGUCACAAUUAAAUUAAGUAUAUGAGUAAUGAUACAACAGCAUGAAUGAUAUGGUCAGUUAUUUCAUUCUGAAAAACCCAGAGAUUCCUGAUCUAAAUUAAUAACUGAUUUCAUGAGCUGUCCUAAUUAAAAUACCACAUGCAUUUGCAUAAACUAGGAGUCAUAGCCACCAAAAACCUGUUUGAAAGAAGAUCCGGGAAAUUGAAAGUAAUUCAAAAACUGUGAUUAACUCAAUCCCGUUGAACCACACACUAAACUACAUUUGGUUAGAUCCCAACGAGGAAGUAAAUGCUGCAGGGAGGAGCGACGUUAUCUAGGUGAGAUGGGCGGCGGUGUCCUCUUACAUAGGUAAGGGUUUUGAUCGGAGGCAGGAAAACUCCAAACAAAUCUGCACAAGACAGAGGCUGGAUAGGUAGACAUUUCUUUUUAAAAGACAGCAAGCAGCGAAGCGAGUUUGAAAUAGCAUUGGGGCAGAUCAGGUGGCAGUAACUGUUAAGUGAAAGACAAGACUAGCAAGAAGUUACAGAAAAAGAAAAAAGAAGUCCAGUGCACAAAGAAAAAAGAGGACUGCAGAAAGAGGUGUCUUCGUCUGGCAUAGAAGUGGCUUCUAAGGUCUCUACUGCCCAGCCUGCUGUGGUCUGUACGACCGGCAGAUUGCAGGAACAAGUCGACAACAGCGGUAAAAACAUGAGGACCAAGGCUAAGGUUCCUGAAGAGAACACCAGACCCUUAAACCCACCACCACAACAACAAGUGGCCCAGCGUGGUAAACACAGAAAACCAAUGACGGCUCCAACGACUCCGAAGGAGAAAAGUCCAAAUAGGAAAAAGAUCAUCAUUUCGGUCCUGAUGGUGGUGGUCGUACUGGCCAUUGUGGCUGUGGCUGCUUUCUUCAUCAAGCAGUUACUCGAAACCAAGUAUUACUUUUGCUCCAAGUCGGUGAAGUUCAUUCCACUGGAGAAGGCCUGUGAUGGGAAAGAGGACUGCAGCGGAGCCGAGGACGAGACAGCCUGUGUCAUGAAGUUUGGAGCCAACUCCACCUUCCCCCUACGGUUGAUGACAACACGUAAUGUGCUGCAGAUAUUCAGCCCUGAUGAGAAUAAAUGGAAAAGUGUAUGUGGAGACAGUUUCACCCAACAACAUGCUGAGACUGCGUGCCAGCAGUUGGGCUACUCAGUUAAACCCACUUUCGGCACAAUUCAAGUGGGUGUUUUGCCGUCCGAUCUGAAGAUGUCUUUCUGUAUGGUGGGCUCGUCUAAAACCCAGACCUUCCUGUCCACCGUAUCAGACCUUAAGGUAUGCAGCCAGGGAUCCGUCAUCACGUUGACUUGCUCAGCGGAGUGUGGGUUGUCCAGAAACCAGGACCGGAUUGUGGGUGGACAGGAUGCAAUCAUUGAGAAUUGGCCGUGGCAGGUCAGUCUGCAGAACAUCGGCCAGCACACGUGUGGAGGGUCACUGGUGUCUCCAAACUGGGUCGUGACGGCGGCCCACUGCUUCAAUGGGGAGGGUAAGAAGACUCUGAGCAGAUGGAAGGUGGUCUCUGGAAACACGUAUCUGGGCUCUGCUGGAGCUUCUUCUGUGGACAAGAUCAUCGUCAAUAGAGAUUACAUCUCAGGACGCAACGAUUAUGACAUUGCCAUGAUUCGACUCCAGUCUCCCAUCACUGUGGGAGAAUCCCGUAGACCAGCAUGUCUUCCGCCUCAAGAUCUUGGACUUAAAAAUGGAGACAACGUAGUUGUGACCGGCUGGGGUCAUCUGACAGAAAAAGGAAACUUGUCUCCAAAGUUACAGAAGGCUCAGAUCCCUCUGAUAGACAGAGACCAGUGCUCAAGUCCCGCAGUGUACGGCUCUUCUGUCACUCCCAGGAUGAUCUGCGCAGGUUAUCUGACCGGAGGAGUGGACGCGUGCCAAGGUGAUAGCGGCGGUCCUUUGGUAUAUUCAUUUAACCGCUGGAUGUUGGUGGGUGUUGUGAGUUGGGGUGUGGGUUGUGCCAGAGAAGGUCGUCCCGGUGUUUACACCAAUAUGGACCAGAUGCUUGACUGGGUCCAUUCAGUCAUGAAGGAGUACCAGUGAGUCUGGGAUGGAGAGAAACAGCAAACCCACAGCACAGAUUCACAGAGAUCUACAGUCCUCAAAAAGAAAACAUGAAUUUAUACACAGAUUUGUGGAGUAACCACUGUGGGACUUUUUGGUCUGCAUGCUCAGGGUCUAAAAGGUGCCAUGAGAAAGGUGCCAUGAGAUUUUUGCACACUGAAAUAUAUCAUGUAUGUAUAUAAUGAGAACACAUAUGUUGUAUUUUGUGGAUCUACCACUUAUUUGGGACGUAUCAAUGCAAUCUUAAAGGAACAGUUCGCCCUAAAAAUGACAAUUCUGUCAUCAUUCACUCACCCUCAUUGCUCCAAAUCAGUAUAACUUCUUUCUUCUGUGGAAAAUGAUAGAAGACGUUUCGAGGUCUGUUCAAGCUGCUCUCUUCCAAAGAACAAAACAGAUUGGGAACAGAACUCUUAAAAAAAAGGUUCCAAAAACAACGCCAUAGAAGAAUUAUUUAUGGCUCCCUAAAGAACUUUUCAGCAAACAUUUUAAUAAUCUCUAGAGCAGAUCUCUAAAGAACCUUGAAUAAAGGAAAGAUUCCAUGGUGUUAAAAGUUUUAUGGAAUCAUAGAUGCCAAAUGAAGAACCUUUAUUUUUAAGAGUUACAGGGUCAACCAGGUAUCAAAAUAGACAAAAAAAUAUAACUCAAAAAAAGUUCUCAAGUCUUCUUAAGACAUAAUGUAGCUUUCUGGAACUCACUUUAAUUUAAAGUUGAAAUCUUGCCAUUUGAUUUUAAAAUAUGGAGAAGACAUUUCUUCCUUUGUUUUCAACUAAAUAAAGGAGCAUCAUAAUUUCACAAGGGUGAAAGAAAAAAAAAAAAAAAAAAAAA